AUGGCUGACAACACUGAUCUCGAUGGGUUCUCCCCAAGGUGUCAUUUAAUUCUCAACCGCUCCCUCACCAGCUGGAAUGCAAGCAGUGAAGAUGAUCCUGACGACCAAGCCAAUAUUAUUGAAAGUACAGCUAGAGAACUACUCAAUGAGGAGGGCGUCAGCAAUGGGGAGGGUCUGAAUGACAUGGUGGAGAGGGUUCGCGAGUGGUUUGGCCGCGAUAACAGGGAGGCAACUCCACCUGGUGACGAGGUUAAGUGGAAGUUUAGGUCUGGCAAGAAGUGGACUAUGGUACGUAUUGCCGAGAUUGAGCACCAGGCGCAAAUCAUGUCUCUGGUUGCGUCAACAUGGGCGACCGAACAUUCCGAUAUCCCAAUGCCGCCAGUUUGGAGAGGCAAGUACAUGGGAUUAUUCAGCAGGGCGCAGACAGAAUACUGCAAAAACAAACUCGAUCAGGCCACAAAGGAAGCGUUUAUGAGAAAGGCUGCCAAAUGGAAUGAAGAGGGCCCGCCUCCAGAGAUACAAGAGCGCGAAUUUCCCAAGUGGCUGAAGGGGGCAGCUGAGUUUGCAGAGUGGUCUGCGGUUGCCCAUGGCGUCCGUGUAUUUUUUUUGUUCGGCAGGAAGAAUGUGAACGGAGAUAUUCAGCUCGGCCACGGGUUCGCGAAAUGCCCUUCUGGAAAACAUGGCGCCGGCGGUCCUCUCCCAGGCGAGUCGGCGCCGGAAGGAUUAGCGGAUCCGGCGCAGGUCACAGUACCAAAAUCACGCGAUGCCUGUUCCCUCAUCGCAACAAGGGAUGACGGAUUUCCCAUUGUUCCAAACCCGCCGGAGAAGGAAAAGACUAAAACUUUACAACGCCUGCUUCGAGGAUACAUCACGCGAGUCUGGCGGCAUGAUACUCUGCGCGUGAAGGGUGUUCCGCCGUGGGGCAAUAUGGAGAAGUAUCCCCGCCACUACUUUGGAACCAGCAAGUACUUUCCUUCUGACGUGUUCGGCGUCAGGGAGCCAAGCGAUGUGAAGGAAGCAGAAAUACUCAUAUUGUUCGCACAUUGGCGAGACAGAGAAUCCAAAAACAAGGUCCCCCUUCGGUUCCGUCACUCACUGCGGAUGGAUCCAUAUGCAGUUGCAACCCCCGAAACUCCCAUUGUGCCAGAUGAUGAAGACGACAGCUCAGAUGAAGCCGAUGUUGACCCGAGGACACCGGCGCCGAACGCACAUCCACACGCCGGGAUCACGAGUGUACAUUCAGGACCAUCUGAAGUUAACCCAACACCAGUGGCAUCGGCGCCGGCACCUGUGCCUGUUGACACAGCACCUGCCGGCACGAUUCAGCGUCCAAGGCCGAGGCCCAGACAGAAGACGAUUCCCUCAGUCGCAGCUAACCAAGCAGGGAAUGAAUCCGGCAGAGAGGCGAUUGCGCCAGAACAAACCUCAGAGCCGACUGUUCAACAAUUUGAUUACCUCCAUGAUGGCAGUGAACUCGUUCGGCGCUCUGUGAUCAGUACUGGGGAUGAUGAUGAUGAUGAUGAUGAUGAUGAUGAUGAUGAUGAUGAUGAUGAUGACGACAACGACAACGACGACAGCUUCAUCUUUGAUCCUGCUGAAUGUAGCAAACUGGCAUCGGCGCCGGCACCUGUGCCUGUUGACACAGCACCUGCCGGCACGAUUCAGCGUCCAAGGCCGAGGCCCAGACAGAAGACGAUUCCCUCAGUCGCAGCUAACCAAGCAGGGAAUGAAUCCGGCAGAGAGGCGAUUGCGCCAGAACAAACCUCAGAGCCGACUGUUCAACAAUUUGAUUACCUCCAUGAUGGCAGUGAACUCGUUCGGCGCUCUGUGAUCAGUACUGGGGACGAUGAUGAUGAUGAUGAUGAUGAUGACGACAACGACAACGACGACAGCUUCAUCUUUGAUCCUGCUGAAUGUGCAAAGUACGUCCCUGCCCAGUGUUCCGAAGACGAGACAGAGUAUCCAGAAACACUGUCGCCUGACCACUCUACUGCCAACGCACCACAGGAGUUCCCUUCAUAUGUCGCCACCGAUGAAUAUACGUUGGCCCUGGGACUCGGAGAUCUCCUUUCGGCGCAACCUGACGAAGGUCAUCCAGGCGCAGGACCUUCAGAUCAUGCCGACUGCUUCCGCUUGGAUUCACCACCUCCACCCGAUGAUAAUGACUUCACCUUUGAUCCGAAGGAUUAUGAAGACUAUGUUCCAUCUGAGGAUCCUCUUGAGAGCCCCAGCAGCAACACAUCUAUCCCGCUCAAUGACCCCACAGUCAACGAUGCUUCGGGCACUCAUGCGCCGAUCUCGGCGCCUAUAGCGACAAUUCUAACACAUGUGAACACUCUGCUGCAGGGCGCCGGCGCGCCAUUUGGAAACCUCUCGAAUGCCUCUGAGCAAGCAGUGGACAACCCCGGCGCUCAUGACGGCGGAAUGGACAACGGCGUGUUGCGCUCCACAGGUGAUCCCUUAACUGGCGUCAAAACAGCAAGUCUUGCACAGGUCCCAGGCGCAAGUGCACCAGCAACAGCUGCGUCACCUCAUGAGCGUGGUUGCAUAGCGCCUCCUCCCAAUUUCACGGCGCAAGAAGGCAACGGCGGGGGGAGCGACUCCGGCAACGAUAGCGAGAACGAAGUACUGGACACUUUGAUCGAUGAUGCAUCAUUUGAGAUCAGUGCUCCUCCACCACUUGCAAUGCCAAAGUCAACCAACGUUGAUAGUAAACGCAGAAGGCGGGCAAGUUCAGCUACGAAGCCUGUGUCGACCAAGAAGCCGAGGUCAACCCGUAAUAGAGAAGCCAUUCAAGACGCUGCGCCGGAAGAAGAAACACCUGAGCAGGCUCAGCGUUCCAGCAAGCGAAGAAGGGCACCAACAGACAGGCUUAAAUCCUACAUAGAGGGCUCAAAGGAGGUAAACCUGCCGUAUUAUGAUCCAGCAAGGAGGAGGUAG